AUGUGCUAUCUUUUGCUGGUCUGUCGAUUACUCAGCAGGAAUUUGGAAUUGCCACAAAUAUCGAUGAUAUAUUCGGAUAUCAACCAUUGGAUGGUAUAUUUGGGCUUGGCUGGCCAGCUUUGGCUGAACAAGAAGGUUAUACCGCCAAUGCAAAAUGUACUUCCACAACUUGACCAUCAGUUAUUUACCGUAUGGAUGGACAGGAAGCUGCAACCAAUCGCUGGCGGCGAUGGUGGUUUGAUCACAUUUGGUGAUUUUGACACAUGGAACUGCGCUCCAACGGUCUCCUAUGUGAACCUUUCAUCGCUUACGUUUUGGCAAUUCCCAAUCGAUGGUUUUUCCAUUGGAUGGUACAAGAGCAAAGAAACAGCACAGGUGAUCUCCGAUACGGGCACGUCCUUUAUUGGAGCCCCAUCGGCUGCCAUACAAGCGAUUACAAGGCAAGUUGGAGCCAAUUUUGACCUGCAGAAUCAGUUCUAUACUGUCUAUUGCUACACAAUGAGACUUCUACCUGAUCUUGUCUUCACUAUCAACGGCAUGGAGUACAGAGUGCCAUCAAUCGAAUACGUGCUCGAUAUUGGCCUUGGAGAUGGAAAGUGUGUGAUAACGUUCUUUGAAAUGGAAUCCGGUGGUUUCGGCCCAGCGUGGAUUCUCGGUGAUCCGUGGAUCCGCUCCUACUGCCAAAUCCACGAUAUUGGUCAACAGAGGAUUGGCUUUGCUAAGGCGAUACACGUUGGUCUCUAA